GGACGCUACAGAAGUUGAAUGCUAAAUUAAAAAUUAAAUCAUUUAAUUUCUAGUUCACUAAUUAAAUAAAAAAAAAAACAAAAUGAGAAAUACCAGCAUACCUGUGUCUCCGAUUUAUUUUAAUGUGGCCGAAUAUUGUCUGUUUGGAAUAAAUUUGGGUGUUGUCAUUGGAAUUAUUUUGUAUUUUUUGUUUGUAAAUAAUAAAUAUAAUACUGUGGCUGGAUUUUUGUUUGGUGGUAAAAAUAUGUCUAUCGUGUCCAUUUCUUUGGCGUUGACUGCUAGCCAUCUAACAAGUAUUACAUUACUAGGUGUGCCAGUUGAAAUAUAUCUUCGGGGCACCCAGUAUUGGGCAUCAGCUUUGUCGCUUAUCAUUGUCACCUUCUUAACAGCUGUGAUUUAUCUGCCAGUUUUUCACAGAUUACAGUUGUCAUCAAGUUUCGAAUAUUUAGAAAUAAGAUUUUCGACACACACUCGAACUAUUGCGGCAGUUUUGUUCGUAGUUAGCAAACUGAUGCUGUUACCGAUUGUGCCUUAUGUUCCACUUAUGGCAUUCAGAUUAGUAACAAAUCCUCAAGCAAGUCGCAUAACAGCUGUCGUAUGCGUUGCUUGCUCAACAUUUAUUGCUGUUGGAGGUUUACGAGCUGUAGUCGGUAUUGGUAUUGUAACAACUUUUCUAGCCUUCGCUGGCACUGCUCUACCUAGUGGCCUAGCGCUAUUGCCAUUAGGCUUUAAGCAAAUGUGGGAAAUUGCUAGUCUUGGCAGCAGAUUGGUUAUUUACGAUCCGGACCCGGAACUUGCUCAUCACACUUCCUUUUUUGUAGUUACAUUGGCUUUAAGCACAAAUUGGCUAUGGAAGAUAGCUCUCAGUCAGUCCUCUCUACAGAAACUCUUAGCAGUUCCCACAAUCAGUAAAGCCAGAAUAUGUUUGGCAAUCUCCUGUGUGGGGAUAAUACUUAUGAAGUUAUUAUCUUGCUUUUUGGGACUGGUGUUGUAUGCUUGGUUUGCUGGUUGCGAUCCUUUGCUUACUGGUCAAAUUAAAAAGCACGAACAAUUGGUACCUCAUUUUCUUAAUAAUUUAUCAACAAUGUUUCCAGGGAUCUGUGGUAUCUUUAUAAUAUCAAUCUUUAGCGCGACUACAGGUUGUAUUGCGUCUAUCAUAAAUUCGAUAUCAGGAGUUGUGUUUGAAGAGUUUAUUAGACCGUGGAUGCCACAGAGUACAAAUGAACUGGCUUGCUGCAAAAUUAUGAAGCUUUUAUGCAUAUUGGUGGGAUUGUAUUGCGCCUCUGUGAUAUGGUUAGCUCGCGAACUGGAUCGUCUUCAACACGUAGCCUCUGGUGUGACAGGUGUUACAGCGGGUACUCUUCUUGGCCUUUUCACUUUGGGCAUCGUUUUCUCGAGAGCAAAUUGUUCUGGAGCGUUGAGCGGUUGUAUACUGAGCCUACUACUCUGCGGCUGGCUGCUCAUAGGUGCCGAGAACGCUUUGGCGACAGGGGCGUUGACCUUUCAGGGCAAGCCGCUUGUCACCACAGGAUGCGGGAAAGCGAACUUUACACAUUUGGUGAACGUAACAACAAUAGUAUCUAGCGCUGCCAGACAACUCCCGAUGAAGCCUCUACAAUCGCUCUUCCGGAUCUCCUACACUUACUGCCCAUUUGCUGGUGCUAUUACCGUCCUCAUCAUAGGGGUUCCAAUGAGCUACCUUACUGGAAAAUCGAAGACGGAUUCUAUGAACCCAGAUGUGUUCUGUCCCCUUACCCAGAGUUUCCUUCACAAGUUACCAGAUAGGAGUGCAUCUACUUCUUCAGAACUCAGAGCCCCGAAUACGCAAGAAGUCUACAUGGCCCUUGAUGAUGCUCUGAAACAUUUAAAGGAAGUUAUAGAUCGGUAAAAUAACGGCUUUAUUAUGAAAAUUAUACAUAAUUUGCUAUACUCCGGUGUAAUUCAUAAUAACUUAAAUCGUAAUACUUCAUACCAAACAGAUCUCCGGCAAUGUACCCGUUACGCACGGUUCGCUCUACGCACGUUUCGAC